UCUCGGAAGAGUUCUCAACAAAAGAAGAAAAAGUGAACAAAGUUUGCAGUUCUUGUUCAGAACCUUCGUUUAAUCGCUGAAACUGAAAGCUUCGAUUCCACGAAAUUUGGGUUCCGAGUUUCGAUCGGGGUUUCAAUUGACUCGGAGAAGGUUUCAUCAUCUGAGACGAAGCGAGGAUGUUCGGAAGAGCUCCGAAGAAGAGCGACAACACGCGGUACUAUGAGAUCCUUGGAGUCUCCAAGAACGCGUCGCAGGAUGAUUUGAAGAAGGCCUACAAGAAGGCUGCCAUCAAGAAUCAUCCUGACAAAGGCGGUGAUCCGGAGAAGUUUAAAGAGUUGGCUCAGGCUUAUGAGGUUCUUAGCGAUCCUGAGAAGCGUGAGAUCUAUGAUCAGUAUGGUGAGGACGCGCUUAAAGAAGGAAUGGGUGGUGGAGGUGGUCAUGACCCCUUUGACAUCUUCCAAUCCUUCUUUGGCGGGAGUCCAUUCGGUGGUGGUAGCAGCAGAGGCCGACGUCAGAGAAGGGGAGAAGAUGUGGUUCAUCCCCUCAAGGUCUCCCUUGAGGAUCUCUACCUUGGAACUUCCAAGAAACUUUCUCUGUCGCGGAAUGUCAUCUGCUCAAAAUGCAAUGGUAAGGGAUCAAAAUCAGGUGCUUCAAUGAACUGUUCUAGCUGCCAAGGAACUGGAAUGAAGGUUACAAUCAGGCAACUCGGCCCGUCGAUGAUCCAACAGAUGCAGCACCCUUGCAAUGAUUGCAAGGGCACUGGAGAAACAAUCAGCGACAAGGACCGGUGCUCACAGUGCAAGGGGGAGAAAGUUGUUCAGGAGAAGAAGGUUUUGGAAGUCAUUGUGGAGAAGGGUAUGCAGAAUGGACAGAAAAUUACAUUCCCAGGAGAAGCAGAUGAAGCUCCUGAUACUGUCACUGGAGAUAUAGUUUUUGUUCUUCAGCAAAAGGAACACCCGAAAUUCAAGAGAAAGGGGGAGGACUUGUUUGUGGAGCACAGUUUGUCGCUCACUGAAGCCCUCUGUGGCUUACAGUUUGUUCUCACUCACUUGGAUGGCAGGCAGCUUCUCAUCAAAACAAAUCCUGGAGAAGUUGUAAAACCUGAUUCAUUCAAGGCGAUUAACGACGAAGGGAUGCCAAUGUACCAGAGGCCAUUCAUGAAAGGGAAGCUCUACAUCCAUUUCAGUGUGGACUUCCCUGAUUUCUUAAGCCCAGAGCAGAUCAAAGCUCUGGAAGCGGUCUUACCAUCGAAACCAUCAUCCCAACUGACUGACAUGGAGCUGGACGAGUGCGAGGAGACAACCAUGCAUGAUGUCAACAUUGAAGAGGAGAUGCGGAGGAAGCAGCAGCAGGCACAAGCCGAAGCCUACGAGGAAGACGACGAUAUGCACGGUGGAGCACAGCGGGUACAGUGUGCCCAGCAGUGAUCCUUGUUGAGCUGAAAUUAACCUGAAAUAACAAAAUGUAGUAGUGUUUGUCUGAGGAUGAAUAGUUGGGAACUCUCCAUCUUGUUAAUGGAACGGUGGUUUAAUUGUGGCAUUUGGAAUUUUUCAGAUUCCGAAAGCCGUUACAGACGCAAUAUAUAAACCAAUCUGGUUCUGAACUAAGUGCUCUAUUAUAAUUUA